AUGCAGCCCACGCUGAAACUCGGAAAUAGGUUCUCGGUCCGCUUGUUGAAAAGCUCUGAGCUCACAAAUGAAGAGCGAGAUUCGAUGUGGGCGAUAAUAGAGCAUAACAUGAGCACGAUGUCUUCUCAGUCCUCAAUGGGCUGGGAUGCGGAGGAUAAGCAGAAGGAAACAUUUCAUUCUGACUCGCGGUUCAUAAUCUUGUCAGUCGCCACUUCUGAGUCUGAUACCGGCCGGUCAGAGCAACAAGGAGCGCAGGUUAUAGGCUUCUCAGUGUUUCGCUUCGAUUACGAGGAAGGUGAAAAGCUGCUGUAUUGCUACGAGGUCCAGCUGUGCGAGAGCUCAAGGAGAUUAGGCCUGGGGCGCUUUCUCAUGCAUGAGAUAAUUCGGAUCGGGAGGGCAUGGAACAUGGAAAAAGUUAUGCUAACCGUCUUGAAAGUCAAUACCGACGCUGCAAGGUUCUACAGGGAGAUCGGGUACGCCGAACUGCAGUCGUUCAUUUCACGCCGCUGAUAUAUUUCUGUCAUUGCACAGCUUCACGCUGGACCCUUCCUCGCCCGAUUACAUUGGUGAGAGUGAAGAUGACGAACUCGGAGAUGCAGAGCCUGAGUGCGACUACGAGAUUUUAUCGGUAACACUAUAGAUUCAGCCUUUUGUACUUUGUGCAAUCAUAGAGCGAACACCCUAAUCAAAUACUGAGCUAG